CCCACGCCAGAGUCCUCCCAUAGCGCCCAGAGAGAGCUCCUGGCAUCGGAGACGAGAAGACAGAUCUCGCGAUGCCUGGCCAGUCUCGCGACAACUGGGAGGAGCUUGCCGCUGCUCUGGCUACAGGACUCCUCAGGUGGUGGCGCUGGCAGUCGGGCUACGGAGGCCGGGUUACCAGAUUACGGGAAAGUAUUUAAGACGCUUAUGGCAUAAUAUGCAUCAAAGUAAUAUAAGAUCUGCAGGAAGUCCCUCAAGAUAGCUGGAAAAGAAGAAUUUCUAGACUCUUCAUCAAUAUCUUCAUUUACCCAGUUAAAUCCAAGGCUCCUGUGGUAAAAUCAUGAAUAAAAAUACAUCUGCUGUGGUAUCAUCCAAUCUACUUGAAAAGGAUCCUGCCUUUCAGAUGAUUACAGUUACCAAGGAAACAGGCCUUGGUCUGAAGAUCCUAGGAGGAAUUAACCGGAGUGAAGGUCCCUUGGUAUAUAUUCAGGAAAUCAUUCCUGGAGGAGACUGUUAUAAGGAUGGACGUUUGAAGCCAGGAGAUCAACUUGUCUCAAUAAACAAGGAAUCUAUGAUUGGUGUAUCCUUUGAAGAAGCAAAAAGCAUAAUUACCAGAGCCAAGUUGAGGUCAGAAUCUGUUUGGGAGAUAGCGUUCAUAAGACAAAAAUCUGAUGGCAGUCAUCCAGGAAAUCCAUCUUGUACAUCUCUUUCACAAGCUUCAGGAGAAUAUGGACCUCAAGUCUCGACAUUUAGCCUUCUUCCAUCGCCCCCUGAAACACUAAUUCCAAAGACCUCAUCGACUCCCCAAACUACAGAUACCAUUUUACCUUCUUUUAGGAUAAAUCAGAUGAAAACUGGAUACAAGAAAACAGAACAGACUCCAAUUACUUCUUCGGGAAACAGCCCUACGGAUAUGUCUAAUACAGAUAUUGCCCCUGCAUGGACUGAUAAUUAUGGACCACAAGGAAAGAAGAUUUCCCUAAAUCCCUCUGUUCGCCUCAAGGCAGAGAAACUGGAAAUGGCUCUAGAUUAUCUUGGAAUUCAGCCCACAAAGGAACAGCAUCAAGCCCUGAGACAGCAAGUGCAAGUAGACCCAAAGGGGACAGUGUCUUUUGGAGAUUUUGUCCAGGUUGCCAGAAACUUGUUUUGCUUGCAGUUGGAUGAAGUGAAUGUCAGUGCACGUGAAAUUUCCAGCGUAUUAGAUCCACAGCUUCUUCCCUGUGAUUCCUUAGAGGCAGAUGAAAUAGAAAGGCUUAAGCGUGACAGAAAUGAUGCCUUAGAGGAAGUGAAUGCGCUCAAGGAAAAGUUACUUGAAUCAGAAAGGCAAAAGAGACAAUUGGCGGAAGAACUCCAGAAUGUGAAACGAGAAGCCAAAGCUGUGGUUGAAGAAACCAGAGCCCUGCGAAGUCGCAUCCACCUUGCCGAGGCUGCACAGCGCCAGGCACACGGGAUGGAAAUGGACUAUGAAGAAGUGAUCCAUCUGUUAGAGGCCGAGAUCACAGAUCUAAAGGCUCAGCUUGCUGAUUAUUCGGACCAAAAUAAAGAAAGUGUUCAGGAGUUAAAAAAGAGAAUUACAGUACUCGACUGCCAAUUGCGAAAAUCAGAAAUGGCUCGAAAAACUUUUGAGGCAUCCACUGAAAAGCUUCUUCAUUUUGUAGAGACUAUUCAAGAAUUAUUUUCUGAUAAUACUUCUCCUUUAUCAAAUUUAAGUGAAAGAGGAGCCAUGUUAGCUUCUCAGACUUCUCUUACACCACUGGGAAGGAAUGGACGUAACAUCCCAGCAACGCUGGCUCUUGAAUCUAAGGAGCUCGUUAAAUCUGUUCGGGCCAUUCUUGACAUGGAUUAUCUGGUAGAAGGGGCGUAAGACUACAGGCAUUUUCCUGUCAGAAAUCCAUGAAUGUGAAGGGGGUGAUGUUCCAGAAGGAGCAAUAGAGCUGAAAAAAGAAAAACGAAAGAAAGAAAGAAAGAGAAAGAGAGAGAGAGAAACCAAAGUAAAUCUGUGAAAGUGGACCUCAAACAGCCCAGGCAGAAAAAGAGUGUGGAUGAUGCUUUCAUUAAGGUGAAUUGUUAACUGGUGUGUGCCAAGCUAUUGUAAUAGGGAAGCACUUCAACUACUGUAACGCCUGCUGGGAUUGUAGUUCUACUAAGAGAAUCUAAAGAGGAUGCAAUUGUUUAAUUAUGUACAUAUCUGGACAUAUACCACAGAUUCCAGAUUCCAGUUUUGUUUUAUUUUAAACUUGGGUUAAAUGGGUUUGUUCUUAAUGUUUAGAGACCAUGGGUAGCAAUGUGACUUGUGGAGUAAUAAAUCUUAAAAAAAUGAAUUCCAUUCAGAAUUUCCCUUAUAGUCUCAACAAGAAGGAAAGGGCAGAAGUGUACAUAUAAAUCAAGGAAAACUUCCUAGAGUUCUGUGCUAAGCUUAGAUGUUCAAACAAAUGUAUAAAAGCUGGACAAACAACCUAGAUCUAACAAGAACUCUUAAGAAUAGUGGCAUGAAUGUUAAAGCGAGGAUUAAGUUCAGCUUUAAAAAAUUUUUAAAGAUGGGAAGAGCUGUAUUUGAAGCAAUAAUAAAAAGAAAGAAGGUUCAGUAUGUUAAAUUAACAUAGAGGGGACAAGUCUAAGUAAUGUGGUAGACCCUCUUUAAGUCAGGGUCCCUAUGAUCCCUCCUUCUCAGUGUUCAUGCUUUUGUGUGAUCCUAUCCCAUGGAGGAUGUGCAGGACCUGUGAUUUACUUCUAACCAGUAGAGCACAGCAAAGACAAGAUAUACAUGCUAACAUUGCACAAGAUUUUAGUGCCCAUUUUGCUAGAGUCUCCCACUCCUUUCUGGCUUCAAAGAAGUGAGUUGCUAUGUUGGGAGACCCAUAUGGCAAGGAACUGAAGGCAGCUUCAGGUGGAUAGCCAGGGGAACAGAAGUCUUUAUUAGUUCUAUAACCACAAGGAAUUGAAUUCUUUUGACAAUAGGAAAACCUUCCCCAGUCAAGCCUCAGAUGAGACUGCAGCCUUGUGAGACCCUAGGUAGAAGACUUGGCUAUGCUUUUCCCAGAAUCCUGAUCCACAGAAACUGUGAGGUAAUAAAAUACAUGUGUGUUAUUCCAAGCUGCCAAAUAUCUGAUCAUUUGGCAUAGCAAUAGAAAAUCAGUAUCAUAAACUACUGUCAUUUGCUUCUGUCUUCUCAGUUGAGGAGACAACCUUUAGAGUGGCAUGGCUAGAAUUUUCCCUGGAAUACAGCAUCCCAUUCCAUUAGAAUAAGAGAUACGAAUUACAUUUAGAGCUUCGAGUUAAUCUUCACACCCCUCAUGAGACGACUCUUCUCUGUCUCCUUCACCUCUUUGACUCUUUUCUAUCCAACCGAAGGAAAUUUGGAAGAAAAAAUAGAAAGGAUACUUUUUUACAAUCUUAAUUAAGACACCAGCCUCUAGAAACAGCUGCUGUUAUGUUAGAAAUGCUGUCUUGAGGCUUCUUCAGAGAAGCAGCUCUCCCUUCUCACCAUGUGAUGUUGUCUUUUUUGGCUUAGUAUUCCUGUUACCUAUUACUGUGUUUGACACAUGGUUGAUUCUCUAUGACUGUUUGAUGAAUGAAUUCCAUGUUAAGUUACCUCACCCAUAAACCCAGUAAGAAAGAAAGUCAUCAUUCCUACUGUGGUGCUCUUCCCUUUUUAGGCUUUUGGGAAUGAAAAGGCAAGCAUGACAUUUAUUUAUGUACAUAGAAGGAAAUGAAUAAACCCAGAGAAUACAGAGAUGAGUGAAUUGCUUUUUGAAUAAACCCAGAGAAUACAGAGAUGAGUGAAUUGCUUUUUGUAAAUAAAAGGAACCUUAAAAGCCUAAUAGGAAUACUGAUUAUUUCAUAAUGGUCUUUUUUUUUUUCUUCUCAAUCUACCACGUUGUGUUCAGUUUUAUAGGCGACAUAUUCAGUGUUGGUAGAUGCCAAAAGCUUAAUUGUCUGACUCCAAGUGAUACUGAC